AUGUCUGCACUGUGGCUGCUCCUUGGUCUUCUGGCCCUGACUUGCUCGUCUGAAAGCAGCAACUGGGGAUGUUAUGGAAACAUCAGAACCCUGAAUACACCUGGAGCAUCUUGUGGGAUUGGAAGACGUCAUGGCCUGACUUAUUGUGGAGUUCGAGCUUCUGAAAGGCUAGCUGAAAUAGACAUGCCAUAUCUACUGAGAUAUCAACCCAUGAUGCGAACCAUUGGCCGGAGGUACUGCAUGGAUCCUGCAGUGAUCGCUGGUGUCUUGUCCAGGGAGUCUCAGGGUGGCAAUAUUCUGGUCAACGUGGGUGAUGGAGACAGGAUGGUGCAGGACUCAAGCUUUUACCCCUCCCCAUCUUGGAUCAACGAGUCCCAGAUUUCCCAGGCAACUCAGCUUCUGACUGCUAGAAUCAAAGACAUUCAGACCAGGUUUCCAACAUGGACCCCUGGCCAGUACCUGAGAGGUGGACUCUGUUCCUACAGUGGGGGUCCUGGCUUUGUCAAAAGCAGUCACGACCUGAGUUGUGACUUCUGCAAUGAUGUCCUGGCAAGAGCCAAAUACUUCAAGCAACAUGGCUUCUAG